AUGUUCAGACAAACCAAGAAACGUGUCGCCAAUAGACGUAAUUUUGUAGGCGAUGAUCAGAACCGAAUUGAUGUAACAGGGUAUGGGAACCAAGAUGAUGGAAUGCAAUAUGAUAUACUAUACCCCACCAAACUCACAUGGUAUCGCUUGCCACCUAAGGGAGAGAUAACGUUAGAACAGUUCGAAACAUGGGCUAUCGACAGGUUAAAAGUAUUGCUCGAAUUGGAAUCCUUAUGGCAAAGAAAUAAAAGUAUGAAAGAAAUUGAAACCACCAUCAAACCAGUUUUGAGCUCCAAAUUGAACUUGGGCAACGAUAAUGAAUCAAGAAAGAAAGAUUACUACUCUCAUUUCAUAUUAAGGUUGUGUUUCUGUAGAUCCAAAGAGCUAAGAGACAAAUUCGUUAGAGCAGAAACACUACUAUUCAAGAUUAGGUUUCAAAUGUUAACCACGCAGGACCAAUUGAAUUUCAUCAGCAGUUUGGAUCUUCCAUACGUAAAUUCUAUUGAUGAAGAAGAGAAACAAUCUUUGUCAACAGAAUUGUAUCAAACUGUAUCUCAUCUGUUGACUUUCCAAUUGAAUUUGACGGAAGAAACUCAGAGAAGACAGUUCUUCAACAGAGAAAAAUACUACAAGUUACCUAUGGAAAAUGUGAUGGAUUUAGUCGGGUCCCGUCAGAUUUUUAUUAAGAAAGGAUGGGCAUACGUGCCUCAAUUCCAACAGUUGAAUCUUAUCAGUAACGAAUUUAGUGACUGUUUGCAAACUGAACUAAUGGGCACAUAUCAAAUGAUUCCAAAACUUAACGAGGAUGAUAGAAUCUUACCUAUUUUGCAUCAUUUAUCCUCGGGGUAUGUUGUUACCGAAUCACAAGAGUUGAAUGGUGCGGGUGUAAAUGAUGAAUUCACACAUAGAUCUGUGAAGACAAAAAAAGUUAUGGAACACUUCCCAUUAUGUGCUAAACAAUUAAUGGAACAAUUACAGACAAACCAUCAUCUCAGGUAUCAAGGCCGUCAACAGCUAUCGUUUUUCUUGAAAGGUAUCGGUCUGUCUGUAGACGAGGCAUUGCAAUUCUGGACGGAAUCGUUCACUUCUGGUGGAAAGAUGACUGUAGAUCAGUUCAACAAAGAAUAUAAGUAUAAUUUCCGUCACAAUUAUGGUCUUGAAGGUAACAGAAUUAAUUAUAAGCCAUGGGACUGCCGUACAAUUCUUUCCAAGCCUAGGCCCAGUAGAGGAGAGUACCAUGGAUGUCCUUACAGAGAUUACCAUCCGGAUAAAUUAGUUGCGACGCUGAAAGAGAUGUCCUUAACGCAACAACAGGUCAAUAGUGUGGUAGAAUCAUGCCAACAACAAGAUUACACCAUCGCUUGUACCAAAGUAUUCGAAGCAGUUCACAAGACUACUACGGCUGAUUUGCAGAUAGUACAUCCGAAUCAAUAUUUCGAAAGGUCGAGACAAGCUGCCGCCGCUGUUACCACAACGAAUUGA